AUGGACGACACCGUCGUCGCCAUCGCCGGCGACGGUGACGACUCCGACCGCCGCCGCCCCCUGCUCUCCCCGACCGAAGAGAUCCACCCCUACACUGACCCCCCGUCCCCUCAGCAUCCGCCUCUGGAUGCUGCGGCGGCGCAGCCCGAGGAGCAGCGGAAGCCGGAGAGAGUGGUCUCGCUCGAUGUGUUCCGCGGCUUCACCGUCGCCGUGAGUGGAAAUUUUAUCCAGACCAUGCUGGUUCUUUGCUCGGCGGCUCCGAAAUUCAGGCGUGGACUCUGGUUGCGUGCGCAGAUGAUGAUACUCGUGGACGACGCCGGCGGGGCGUGGCCGGGCAUCAACCACGCGCCGUGGUUCGGGGUUACGGUCGCGGAUUUCGUCAUGCCCGCCUUCCUCUUCAUCAUCGGCGUCUCCGCCGCACUCGUCUUCAAGAAAAUGCCAAACAAGACAGCUGCAACUAAGAAGGGUGCAAUUCGGGCUUCAAAACUUUUCAUAUUGGGUGUGAUUUUGCAAGGAGGAUACAUUCAUGGACGACACAAACUAACUUAUGGUGUCGAUUUGGAUCAUAUUCGAUGGCUAGGUGUGCUGCAGAGGAUAGCUGUUGGAUACUUUGUAGCAGCAAUGUCAGAGAUUUGGCUUGUCAACAAUAAUUUGGUGGAUUCAUCUGUAUCAUUUGUGAAGAAAUACUUCAUGGAGUGGUUCAUGGCCAUAGCUAUUACAGUACUUUAUGUUGCCUUGGUAUUUGGCCUUUAUGUUUCAAACUGGGAAUUUGAAAUUCAAACUAGCAAUUCAACCCUUUCAAUCCCAAGCAAUUCAAUUGAAACAAAGAUGAUCCAAUGUGGAGUCAGAGGUAGUCUUGGACCACCUUGCAAUGCAGUUGGCUUGGUAGAUCGAGUUUUGCUUGGUGAAAAUCACCUGUACAAGAACCCAGUCUACAAAAGGACAAAGGAAUGCAGUAUUAAUUCUCCUGAUUAUGGACCACUUCCUCCGAAUGCACCAGAUUGGUGCCUGGCUCCAUUUGAUCCCGAGGGUUUAUUAAGUACGCUGAUGGCUGCGGUUACUUGCUUUGUUGGUUUGUUCUUUGGACAUGUUUUAAUUCAUUGCAAGAAUCAUUCAAAGCGAAUGCUAAUAUGGCUGCUAGCUUCUGUGGUGCUGACGAUCUCUGCGUUUUUAGUGCUAUUAUUAGGCAUGCCUUUCAGCAAGCCUUUGUAUACAGUGAGCUACAUGCUACUCACUGGAGGAGUAUCUGGGUUCUUGUUGCUGCUGUUGUACUACAUAGUUGAUGUUAUUCAUAUUAAGAAGCCCUUCGUACUAUUCCAGUGGAUGGGCAUGAACGCACUUAUAGUCUAUGUUCUAGCUGCUUGCGAGCUGUUCCCCACCCUUAUUCAAGGGUUUUAUUGGCGGUCACCUGAGAACAACCUGGUGGAUGUUACUGAAUCUCUGCUCCAGGCCGUCUUCCAGUCGAAACGAUGGGGCACCUUGGCGUUCGUCCUCCUGGAGAUAGUCUUUUGGUGCUUGGCCGCUGGCUUCCUGCACAUGAAAGGCGUCUACUUGAAACUGUAG